UGGUCCCCGGCCGGUCUCAGUUUUCAAUUGGUUCCCAUCCGAUUCGGUCACUAAAAUUCUGUUAAUUCAGUACUGUUUCGUAUUUAUUUUAUUUGGAAAAAUUUAGGUGUCAAUGAAAAGAUCUCAGAGAAAAUUCGCGAUUACGGACAAGUUUUUGCCAAGGCUUUGUAAAAACCUGUGCACUAGAAAAGGCAGCCGUCGGGCUAACACCGGAAACCGCUUGGAACACGCGGUUCUCACCCACAUUCAGCACGUGCCGUAGAUUCGUCACCAGCUCCCCUCCAUCACUCAUCACCAUCAUCCCCCAAGCCCCAGUUAACACCAUGGCCCGCGGUGAUGAAAUCAAGACAGCCACCAAGGCUACUUAUGCCUGCAAGCAAUUCGACGUCUCUGCUCCUAUGAAAAAACCAGCACCAUUGCAAUCAAACAACCAGCCACCCAAAAAGCCGGAGCAGAAGAACUACGGCGCCUGGGGCUCCACCUUCAAAGACAAAAAAACAUUCCUGGACAUGCACUUCUGUUGAUUCACCACCAUCGCCACCAUCGCCACUCAUCAUCGAAACGUCACCAACACAAACUUUAACGGAUGGAUCCCAUUUAUUCCAUGGAAAUACGUAGUCGAGACAGUGGAUUUAGAUUUUUUCCGCUGACUUCAAAAUCGCGACAAUUUUUCUAAUUGGCAUAAAUUGGUUUAGUUUCUAGUGAAAGUUAUUGAGUAAUUAAAUUGAGUAUUUGUUAAUUUCUAUCGCUCGGAUAUCCUGAUUUGUCAGAUAGUGAUAUUUUAUAUUGCUUUGUAAUAUUUUCAUUCGUAUUAUGUUUAUUGUUUAUUCGGUUUCAAUACAAAUUACUUUAUCCUAAAACACUUUAAACUGAUCUCUGUCUUAUUUUUGUUACAUUUCUAAAUCUAGCUAGAAUAAAUAAUGAGAUUAUUGAAGUCACUAAAUUUCUAGUCCAAAUGCAAAGUUUUAGUCGCCCUGUUAAAGUUAAACAAAAGUGGGCUCCAUCCAAUUUGAUUAGCCAAAAAUUGAUUAGGAACCAAAUGUAUUAUUAAAUAAAUAACUAAUUUUGAAAUUGUUUGUGUCGUUUCAGCUUAUUUUUUGUAUUUCUACGGUUUAGGGUCUCUCGCGUACUAACAACCAUACAUGUGUCAUUAUAAUUAAACUCUCAUCAUCUACAGUAGUUUUAAUGUUACUGUAAGUUGUAACUUUUGUGUUACAAUUUACAACCUGUUAAAUUAAAAAAAUAUAUUAGGACUGAGACUAAAAUGUUGAUUGGUAGCAAGUGAAUAAAAACGAUAAAAUUUAA